AUCUGGAGAAAGCAGAUGUUGCACUUUUUUGGAGCUGGCCUGGCGCUGCGUUUCCGCGCUGUCAUUGUUUCCGUUUCCACCUCCCUGUAGCCUCACGCCUCCACAUAUCGCUCUUGUUUGGCCUCGAAUCCGUUACAGUGCGCUUAGUUUGGGGUUAUCUGAAGUUUGUAGAGAGUUAAACACUUCUUUUUUUUCCAGCAAUGGGGGACAUCGAGGCUCCCAGCUCGACUCGGCCGCGCCAGACUGUCCUCUCCUCGAUUCUUCCGAGCAAAGAGUUUGUCUCCUCGAGGAAAGGCAUGCUGCUUAUUGCUGAAGUGGCUCUGUCCCUUGUGUCCUUCGUGUGUUUCGCCGCCUCUACAGCAGCAGCCUUUGUGACCGUCCCCCUGCUGGAGUUUCUGGCCGCUCUCUUCCUGUUGUUCGCUUACUCCACCAAAUUCAAUGAGAGGUUUAAAGGCUUCUUAUGGCCGCUCAUGGAUUUCAUGAGAUGUGUCACUGCCUCCAUCAUCUUUUUCAUCAUCUCCAUCAUUGCAGUCUCCAAAUAUGUGGAUGGUUCUUCUAAGGCUGCCGGGGUGUUCGGGUUUAUUGCCACCAUUGUCUUUGCUUUAGAUUUUUAUCUCAUUUUUAAUGAGCUGGCUGAUUUCCUGAAGCAAGGAGGGGCGUCCAAUGACGAACCAACAGGACAGCAAGAUGAGUUUUCAGACUCUGAUUCUGACUGAGACGUCAGGGAUCUUCAUCAGUGGAUAUGUUUGAUCAGACACAAAAGUCUCCUGGGGAAACAAAUGGUGACCACAGAGCUGCACUCUGCAAAGAUCUGCACUCUGCAAAGAUCUGCACGUGUGUUAUGAUAAAACAAGGUUAUAAUGCAAAAUAUGGACAAAAAUUACAUUGUGAGCAUGAUGACCUUAAAGCUGUGAAAUCGUGGCAUCAUUUUAUUGAGUUCUUAGAGAUGGGUUUUUAUGACCUACAUGUGGGAGCAGUUGUUUUAAUUUGAAAUAGUGACUUAUAUCAAACUUUAGGGCCUGCAGGGGGGAUCUGAUUAACCGACAUCUAACUACAACACUACAUUAAUGCCCUUAGCGAAUGAAGAUUUUAUUCUAGAAAUGAAGUUGUAUUUUAGCAAAUUGAGCUUUAUAAAAAUGGAAAGACAACAGGCCCACAGUAAGUGAGUGUGGCAGCAACAUGAUCUAUAAAAUUCAACAUAUUUCUCUAAAAAUAAUGUGUGUACACUGUAUAGAAGAACAGAUGAGUUUCAGGUUGGCUGGUUACAACCUCUGUUUAUUGUCUUACUCUUUGCUUUUCUCUAUGUUGGACUUUGGUCUUGUCAGAGUUUAAAACCUUUCCUGGGUUCUGAAUUCAUGAACCUCAAAGCAGAAAAAAAUACACAUUUUCAAAUUGAAUUAAUGCUGAUCCCUUCAGUUUAUCUUCUGCAUUUGCAUCCAACAAGCUGUGUUAGUGUGUGUGUGUGCAUAACUGUGGAAACAGUGCAUUGAAGCCACUCAAAGCAUUAUCAUUAUGUAAAGUAUGAAAUAUCCUACAUGUGGAUAUUGUUUUGUGUGUUUGCUUUUUUUUUGUAGUCACGUAGUGUGUGUGUGUGUGUGUGUGUGUGUGUGCGUGUGCGUGCGUGUGUGUGGGGUUCUUUCACAGCCACUUCUGAGAAAUCAGACACUCCUGAUCGCCACAAUGACUGUUAAUAUGGUACACACUGCACUACAUGAGUGAUAUAACAGCACUGUGAUCAAAAAAAACAAUUUGCACCAGUGGUUUCAAAUGUCCUUGUCACCUAUUAAGAAGUUUGGCUUAUUCACAGUUAAACUUUUUCUUUUUUGAAUUUGCAAUGAUAUUGGAUUAUUCUUAACCAUGGAGCCUGUGUGGUAGCAUAUUGAAAGUUUUUUUUUGUUCUGUGUUUUUGAAUUUUGUUUCAAUGUGGCUUAGUCAGAAUUAGGAAAAAAUAGCUAUUUGGACAAAAAAUGCGAGAAAGCUCCUUAUGUGCUAACUUGUGCAUAUCUCAAAAGAUGUCAGAAACAGGCUUUGGUUGAUGCUAAUCUGUGAGUAAUGUGAUAUGUUUGUAUUGUCCCACGAGAGCUGCACAUCCCCAUAUCUUUUACUUUCAACCAAAUGAUCAUACAUUGUUUAACACCACAAAGAGAAAAAUACAUAAUGGUUGUGUUUAUCUGAAAAUAUAUGUUUUUUUUUAUUCGACAUGAAGUAAGGUCAACCAUAGUUGGUGUGUAUAAAAAUCGUAUUAAAAUCAGGGGUUGCCUGAAUUAUUAUACAUCAAUCUUCUUGCUGAACUUUUAAGUCAAAUUGUAUUUCUACUCUCCUUGGCACUUCUCUGCAAAAAAUAAAAUAAAAAAAAUGCUUGAAUAAAAAACC